GCGUGCGUCUGUUGUGGAUCAGCAGCGUCAGUAUGGCAGCCUGCAGAGAGCUGUGGGAUUAUUAAGGUUCAGGUUUAAGUUAACCUUUUGAGUUAUUUACCGCUGAAAGAAGCCUCAAACAUGUCCCAGCUGCUGUGCUCCAGACUGUACCUCACAGCUACCUCACGUUCGCUGUCUUUUAACUCCCUGUGCAACAAGACAGGAAACAAAUGGAAGCUCUCUCGGUGGUAUACGUGUUAUGCACACGGCUCCACGCAGCAGCCCGGCAAUGCUUUCCACCGCAUUUGGAGCCUGACUCAGAGGGCCGUUCGCCACUCCCCCUCCCGGACAUCCAAAUCAGCGGGUUUGAGACUCAUCCUGGGACCUGCGGUCCUUAGUGUCUCAGCACGGCUGUUUUGCCGGGUGGCCCGCUGUGAGGCAGAUGUCAAUAACAACACGCCAGGGGAAGUUAUCGCCACAGACCCAGUGCCUGAGUUCAAAUGGCAUAUGCUAUGGGAAUUUGUCAAACCUCAAUUGUUUGCUCUCAUCUGUGCUGUUGUGCUUGCUUUUGGUGCAGCUAUUCUGAACAUUCAAAUCCCGUUAAUGCUCGGGGACUUGGUGAAUGUUGUGGCACGCUACCUCAGAGAACAUUCAGGUAACUACGUCAAUGAGGUAAAAGGUCCCGCCAUGAAACUACUUGGACUGUAUGGUAUCCAGGGCCUGUUAACAACUGGCUACAUCAUCUUACUGUCAAGGGUGGGAGAAAGAGUUGCAGCAGACAUGAGGAAAUCCCUGUUUGCUUCCCUGUUAAGGCAAGAUGUUGCUUUCUUUGACGCCAAUAAAACUGGGCAGCUUGUAAAUCGUUUGACUGCUGAUAUUCAGGAGUUCAAGUCUUCCUUUAAACUGGUCAUUUCUCAGGGCCUGAGGAGCAUCACACAGACAGUCGGGUGCUUUGUGUCUCUCUACGUCAUCUCGCCAAAGCUCACAGGCUUGACAGUGGUUGUCCUCCCGUGUCUUGUGGGAGCAGGAGCGCUCAUUGGGUCAUUUCUGCGCAAACUGUCUCGUCUGGCUCAAGAACAGGUGGCAAAAGCAACAGGCGUGGCAGACGAGGCGCUGGGUAAUGUCCGGACAGUGAAAGCUUUUGCUAUGGAGGAACGAGAGCUCCAAUUAUACGCAUGUGAGGUCGACAAAUCCUGCGAAAUGAAUGAAAAUCUUGGUGGAGGAAUAGCCGUUUUCCAAGGCUUGUCAAACAUGGCACUGAACUGCAUCGUCCUUGGCACUAUUUUUGCUGGAGGGACCUUAAUUUCAAGCAAUGAGCUGUCUCCCGGAGACCUCAUGUCGUUCUUGGUUGCGUCUCAGACUGUUCAGAGGUCCUUGGCUAGUAUUUCCAUCCUUUUCGGACAGGUGGUGAGAGGGAUAAGCUCCGGGGCUCGGGUUUUUGAAUAUAUGUCUUUGCAGCCAACUAUUCCUCUCUCCGGGGGAGGACGCAUCCCCUAUCACUCACUGACGGGAAGGGUGGACUUCAUGAACAUUUCAUUCAGUUAUCCAACAAGACCCGGCCAUGAAGUCCUGAAGAGAUUCAAUUUGACGCUGCCACCUUGUAAAACCGUCGCCAUUGUCGGUGAAUCUGGAGGAGGGAAGUCCACGGUGGCGUCCUUACUGGAGCGUUUCUACGACCCGACCAGCGGCGUGGUCAUGCUGGACGGGCUCGAUAUUCGUACGCUGGAUUUGGCCUGGCUAAGGGGCCAAGUUAUUGGGUUCAUCAAUCAGGAGCCAGUUUUGUUUGGAUCAUCCAUCAUGGAGAACAUCCGCUUCGGGAAGCCCGGUGCCACAGAUGCUGAGGUGAUUAGUGCUGCAAAGCAAGCCAACGCUCACCGCUUCAUUACGAGCUUCCCAGAUGGCUAUAACACCAUGGUUGGUGAGCGAGGCGUGAUGCUAUCCGGGGGCCAGAAACAGCGCAUCGCCAUCGCCCGAGCUUUGGUCAAGAACCCCAGCAUCCUGGUGCUCGACGAAGCCACCAGCGCCCUGGAUGCAGAAUCGGAGCGCGUGGUGCAGGAAGCUCUGGACAGGGCCACGAGGGGUCGCACUGUGCUCAUCAUCGCCCACAGGCUCAGCACCAUCCAGGGGGCCGAUUUCAUCUGCGUCAUGAGCAAUGGCCGCAUUGUGGAGGCCGGGACACAUUUGGAACUGCUGAGCAAAGGAGGACUUUAUUCUGAUCUGAUCCGCAGACAAAGAGCCGAGGGGCAGAAAUAAAGAUUUACAAACUGUUUUCAGCAGCGCAAGAAUAAAUUACAGAGUUUAAUUGGUGGAUUACAUCGAAUGGGUUAGAAUAUUAACAUGGCUCUGUUUAGUUUUAGAUAAACAGUAUGUUUGUGUAUAGAUGGACCAACUGGAUUAAAAUGUGAUGACUUUAUAAACACUUCCAAAACAAAUGAAAUGAUAAAUUAUAGUUUUUGGAAAAUAAAAUCUUGAGAAGAGAAA